UAAAAGCUCUCAUCCAAACCCAUCCAUAACGCACACAACUCUCUGAGACACACAGACAGAAAGACUCAUACACUUUUUUUAUUUUUUAUUUUUAUUUCUAAACUUAGCAGCGGCGCAAUGGCGAGCCACGGCUCAUCAUUUUCAAGCCUACGCGCCUACCUGCAAGCUCUCUCUCACACUCCCAGCCGGUUCGCUCGCCGAGCCGUUUCCGUCUCCACCUCUUACGACGAGAUGAGCCGGGUUCGAGCCCGGUCCGGUUCAAGCAUGCGCAAGACCCUCCGCUGGUUUGACCUUGUCGGCUUCGGAAUCGGCGGAAUGGUCGGCGCCGGCGUCUUCGUCACCACCGGCCGCGCCAGCCGCCUAAAUGCAGGCCCCGCCGUUAUAAUAUCGUACGCCAUUGCCGGCUUCUGCGCACUCCUCUCCGCCUUUUGCUACACUGAGUUCGCCGUCGACAUGCCGGUCGCCGGCGGCGCCUUCAGCUACCUUCGCGUCACCUUCGGUGAGUUCGCGGCAUUUCUGACGGGUGCAAAUCUCGUGAUGGACUAUGUGAUGUCCAAUGCGGCUGUCGCCAGAAGCUUCACGGCGUAUUUCGGCACCACAAUCGGCAUCUCCUCCGCGAAAUGGAGGCUGACGGUGUCUUUUCUUCCGAACGGCUUCAACCAGAUAGACAUAGUUGCCGUCGCAGUAGUUUUACUCAUCACAAUAGUUAUCUGCUACAGGUUGGUAGUUUUCUCUUCACAAUGGAGCUUCUUCAUUACCUUUGAUUUGAUGAUGACGUGUUUUUUUUUUUUUUUUUUUAGCACGAGGGAGAGUUCGGUGGUGAAUAUGAUAUUAACGGCGCUACAUAUAUUGUUCAUAGCAUUUGUGAUAAUGAUAGGUUUUUGGAGAGGGAAUUGGAAAAAUUUCACCGAACCGGGUAACCCGGAAAAUCCAUCUGGAUUCUUUCCAUUUGGGGCUUCGGGCGUGUUCAACGGUGCAGCAAUGGUUUAUCUUAGUUACAUUGGGUACGAUGCCGUUUCGACUAUGGCGGAAGAAGUGAAGGAUCCAGUGAAGGAUAUUCCGGUCGGUGUGUCUGGAUCGGUUUUCAUUGUUACCGUUCUCUAUUGUCUGAUGGCAGCGUCCAUGUCGAAGCUUCUCCCUUAUGAUAUGAUCGAUCCAGAAGCGCCGUUUUCGGCGGCAUUCAGUGGAAAAUCAGACGGUUGGGGAUGGGUGUCUCGAGUGAUAGGGGUGGGGGCCAGUUUUGGGAUAUUGACGUCGUUGUUGGUGGCAAUGUUGGGUCAGGCUCGUUACAUGUGUGUCAUCGGACGCUCUAAUGUGGUCCCCGCUUGGUUUGCUAAGGUUCAUCCCAAAACCUCCACCCCUGUCAAUGCUUCCGCAUUUCUUGGGAUCUUCACAGCGGCAAUUGCCCUUUUCACUGACCUCAAUGUCCUGCUCGAUCUGGUGUCCAUUGGCACCCUAUUUGUCUUUUAUAUGGUGGCAAAUGCGGUGAUCUAUAGACGAUAUGUGGCUAUGGGGACAACCAAUCCAUGGCCUACAUUGUCCUUCCUCUGCUCAUUUUCCUUUACCUCCAUCAUGUUCACCCUUAUUUGGAAAUUUGUACCCGUAGGAAGGGCCAAGGCAGGGAUGCUCAGUGCUUGUGGUGUGAUUGCUGUUGCAAUAUUACAACUUUUCCAUUGCAUGGUCCCUCAAGCUCGGAAGCCAGAAUUUUGGGGUGUCCCUCUCAUGCCUUGGAUACCCUCCAUAUCAAUCUUUCUAAAUGUGUUUUUGCUGGGAUCACUUGAUGGGCCAUCCUAUGUUCGAUUUGGAUUCUUUUCGGCUGUUGCAGUACUUUUCUAUGUCUUCUACAGCGUUCAUGCUAGUUUUGAUGCUGAAGGAGAUGGUUCUCUUAGUCAAAAGAAUGGUGAAAUCCACGUGGAAUCAAAAGAAAGUGAGGACCAUAGUUUCAAAGUGUAGAUCAUCUUUGGUUUAUUAAUUUUAUUUAAGUCAGGAUGAUUUCAACAGUUUUUGGAUGGUGGAUGGUCACUUGGAACAACCGAAAAAGAAUGUGGGGAGAGAGAAUUACGUGGAAUACACAUAUUAAAUGUAAUAGAAUAUUAGAAUAGGCUGCAACUUUUGUAAAAGUGGCCAAUUGUAUAGUUAAAAGGCGGCUUAGGUUGUGAUCUCUCUUGUAAAUUCUCUGGCUCAUAUUAUCCCCUUGAAAAAAUCUCCGUUUA